AUGGUUAACUCACACUUCAACUCCCUGCACAACUACUACCAGCUCUACUUAUUAUCCACCAUCUUCGACCUCAACUUCGUGUACCACUUCAACGAGCUCGACCUAUUAUCCUCCACCUCCAUCCUCCUGGUCCUCCUCCACGUCGAUUUACACGCCUCCACCUCCACCUCCGUCGUCGUCUUCCACUUCGAUUUACACGCCCCCUUCUCCUCCAUCCUCGUCGACUUCAACCUCUUGCACUACGUCAACUACAAUCUAUACACCACCCCCACCACCCUCGAGUUUGUCGUCGAGCUCUUCACUGAGUUCCUCGUCUUCGUACUCCCACCCCCCUCCUCCUCCUCCCCCGUCUUCGUCGACUUCAACCUCCUGCACUACGUCAACUUCUUCUACCUAUACACCACCCCCACCACCCCCAAGUUCGUCGUCGAGCUCUUCACUGAGUUCUUCUACUACACCUCCGCCAUCCUCGACUUCGACGUCGUGCACAACGUCGACUACGUCUUCUUCCUCUUCUUCGUCGUCCACGACCUCAAUCUAUACGCCGCCUCCGCCGCCCCCGACUUCAACUUCAUGUACGACGAGUUCCACAACUACUCCGCCGCCGCCGCCGUCGUCCACCUAUUCUCACCCGCCUCCUCCGGCGUGGAACACCACAUCUCACUCGUACCCUCCACCACCUCCUCCAUCGUCAACUCCGUCUCGACUACAACGCUUCCUCCGCCUCCUCCACCACCGCCAUCGUCAACUUCAUGUACGACGAGCUCUACAACUACUCCGCCGCCGCCGCCGCCAUCCACCUAUUCUCACCCACCUCCUCCGGCAUGGAACACAACUUCUCACUCGCACCCUCCCACACCUCCGACGUCAACCCCUUGCACUACCAGCUCGACAACUGUCCCACCCCCAUCAACUUCUACUCCAUGUACCACCUCAACUCCCGUCACUUCAAAGACGACUAUCACCUACACUACAAUUUCGACACUCACGACAUGCAUCCCGGUCACUAAGACCUAUACCACCGGAACCAGCACCUACACUACUGUCACAUCAAUCACCAAGACGCUUACCAACACCAUCACCUCAGUCUCAUGCCCACCCACAGCUACUCCUCCGGCACUCACCACUACAAUCUGGGUUCCUCCUCCGUACACGCAUACCACUGACAUCAGCACUUUCACGACAACAACUUACAUCGUAACUAAACCAUGUGCUGCUUGUGCUCCGGAGACGAGUUACUAUACCACCACAACUUGUGUCACAAACAUCCCGGUGCCGCCAACUUACACUUUGCCCACUGUUGUGACUAGCAGUGUUACGGUGAUUGUUCCUCCAGCAGUGUCUACCAGCGUCACAGUUGUUGUCCCCCCGGUGUCAAGUACUGUAGUAACAGUCUCUACCCCUUCAACCAAUGUGACUGUUCCUACUGCUCCAGCUACUACUCCUUCUACUACUGCACCACCGCUUUCUACUGGCGCUGCGGGAAUUAAUAGGCCCAGCAUGAUCGGCUUCGUUGCUGUCGUGGCUGGUCUGAUCGUUCUUGCUUAA